GCUAUUGAAUGGGAAGAGAUAACGCUGCAUCAGUUUGGUAGGUACAUUUUUUUUCCUGUACUGUGUUGGAAAAUUAUCACCAUUCGAUGGACAUAUUCGGUUGAAGAACGCCUAAUCCUAAACUCGGCGGGUUUAACACUCUUUAGUUUUUAAUCUUGUGUCGUUACAUUAACAGCUAACCAACGCGGGUUUCGUUAAAGUAUAGUGAAACAAGGAUGAUGCCAACGUUGAGCUACUUUCUGAUCUUCAUACUGCUAAUUAUUUUUUUCACGGCAGGAUUGCUACCAACCAAUCGUAGGCCGAUCCUGUAUAAUCGGCUUAUGUUCAACUAUACCGAAGAAAGCUCUUCCUGGUACUGUGACGAUGUGUUCUUCAAUGUUUUGAACCGGCACAUCAAAACGUACGGCAAUGAUGAAGCUUCCGAAGGGCAAAGAUUCCCGCAACAGUUAAGUUUCGCCGAAACGGCCAACAUAAGCUUCCAUCUGUUUACUAGACAAAAUCCUACCGCUAGCCAACGAUUAGUACCGACGGUAGAAUCGGUCAAUGCGUCCUACUUCAACGCUUCCCGCCCGACUCGAGUGAUCGUGCACGGAUUCUGCAACUGCCAGCAUUCCGAUUUCUGCCAAAGCAUUAAAGACGCGCUGCUCUAUGCAAACGAUCUGAACAUUAUUUCCAUCGAUUGGAGCGAUACAGCUGGUUUGCUGGAUUACAUACUGUUACGGCUACGGUUGGACCAAGUUGCCGCCUCACUGGCAAACUUUGUCGACUUUCUGCACAACACAACAGACCUUGACAUGAGUCAAGUGCAUCUGAUCGGUCACAGUCUAGGGGCGCAUCUUGCCGGAUUGAGCGGUAAACGGGUCACCACUGGUCGGGUAGGUGCAAUCGUUGGCCUUGAUCCGGCGGGUCCACUUUUUUCCAGCAGGGAUUCCACAACCCGGUUGGACAGCACGGAUGCCCAAUACGUGGAGGUGAUUCACACCAACGGUGGUACGCUUGGAAUGUACGAUCCGAUCGGGACGGCCGAUUUCUAUCCGAACGGAGGCAAAAGCCAACCGGGAUGCUUGCCAUGGAUUUUUGGAAUGUCCUGUUCGCAUGGUCGGGCGUGGGAGCUGUAUGCGGAAUCGGUCUACACACCGGUUGGGUUUAAAGCGGUUCCCUGCGAUAGCAUCCAACAAAUCGAAGGAAGUGUGUGCCGUAUCGAUCUUCCCAAAGUGGAUAUGGGUGGCGAACCCGUCAAUGUAACAAAAUCGGGUCUGUACGUCCUUUCGACCAACAAUCGUUUCCCGUAUGCCAGGGGAUAGUGUGCUUACGAAAUCAACUUAACUUGAUAAAAGCCAAUUUGCUUACCAUUUUCCUGCCGGCAGAAAAUUAGCGAACGCGAAUGAAUAAACUGUUUCGAAAC